GAGUCAUAUAUCUAAUAAUAAUAAAAAGCUAAAUAUGUAAAUGUAUAUAAUGCAAGGAUAUAUGCAAUAAUGCAAUUGUUUAAUAACAACAGAAUGAACACAAACUUGUCAAACUGUGAUCUGAAUACUGUGUGACAUUUAAAUAGCUAGUUCUAGCUUUGGCUUUAGCUGUAGCUCUAGCUUUAGUGUUGGCUUUAGCUUUAGCUUUAGCUCACCCUCUGGUCUUAAGCUAGCAGGUAACAAGCAGCAUCAGUGACGAAAAGCCAACAAUUCACAGCAGGUUUGACUCUUAUUUUGGCUACAUCAGACUAACGUCAGACUUUUAAUUUGAAAUCCCUCCCCUCUGUGUUGCUGUUGGUCAGGAUUGUCGGCCAAUGAUGGUGCCUGUCAGAGGACAAACAGGAAGUCUGAAUGUGCUGCACUUCCUGCUGGGGGUGUUCCUGGUUCGUCCUGAAGGGGGCUGUCUGGAACUGAUACCUUCAGUCUCUGAAGUUCUGCUUCAGUCAAACACCAACUUCACUGUGGUCAGUAAACACCUGUUCUUGUCUAUAUGUACCUGUCUGUCUAUGCAGGCGUGUUCAUGUACCUGUCUGUCUUUGCAGGUGUGUUCAGGCUCGAGUCAGGUGACAUGGCAGUUACCUGGCAACUUGUUGGGGAGCAGGGUUGUUGUGGAGAAUCAGGGCUCCAGUAGCGUCCUGCGGCUGACAGAUGCCAUGUGGAAUAACUCUGGGAGGUACACGUGUCAGGAGGCGUCGUCCUAUCAGAACAGAGAGAUCGACAUCUUCAUACCUGGACCAGGUCCAGAGGAAUGGUUUGUCCCACAGGAUGUAGGGAUGGUGGCAGUGGUAGAUGAGGAAGGUACCAUCCCGUGUGUGGUGUCCGAUCCGCGCCUGAACGUCUCGCUGUACGAACAGCCCGACAGGACGCUGGUUACAGGGACGACGUACACGCCCAGUCUUGGAUUCACGGGUCGCCUGAAGGACACGUCAUACCUGUGCUCGGCCUCCCGCGGAAAUGAGAAGAAAGAGUCCCAGGAGUUCUACACCUUCAGUGUCAUAGUUCCUAAGGAGGUGGAGGUGAACCUGAUGGUGUCCAGCAGCGUGUUGAAGCAGGGGGAGACUCUGACUCUAAGCUGCUCUGUCAGAGACAUGAACAUGGUCCACUUCUCCUGGGAGUCUCCCCACAGACAGGAAGUCAAGCCUUGGACAGAAGAGCUGCGGGACGGUCAGAUCCGCUCCACGAUUCAGAUCUCCAGGGCAACCACUGCAGAUUCUGGUCUGUAUGUGUGUGUGGUGCAGGAUUUCUUGACAAGUAAAUCUGUGAAGAAAGAUGUCACAGUGACGGUACUGGGACUGCAGGCUGAAGGACAACACAACUGGACAGCAGGUGCUCGGUGCGAAACCACGGCGAAGGCGGACAUCGUGCUGCUGGUGGGUGGCCUCCAGAGGAUCUCCGCGUCCCUCUUCACAGACAUCAAGAACCUUUUCAGAAGAAUCAUAGAAACCUUUGUCAUCGGCCCAGACAGAGUCCAGAUCGGUCUGGUUCAGUACAGCGACGACAUAGAGACCGAGUGGCACCUGAACCGCUACGCCAAACCAGGCCUGCUGAAAGCCACAGCCAGGCUGCAACAGGCAGGAGGAGGCCUCAGGACAGGAGAUGCUCUGAACCACAUCCUGGAUUACAUCUUUAAACCACAUGUGGGAAUGAGAGCAGACGCCCAAAAAAUUGCUGUCCUGAUCACUGACGGAGUGUCCCAGGACGACGUCCUCCGUCCCUCGCAGAGGCUGAAGGACGCUGGCGUUGAGGUCUUCGCUAUCGGUCUGCAUGCUGCCUUAGAGAGCGAGCUGAGGUCCGUUUCCUCAUAUCCAGACCAGAUCCACACAUACUGCAUCAGCAGCUUCCCAUUUCUCCAAGACCUCUUUGACAACUUCACCAUCGACCUCUGCAGCGGCGCUAACAGUUUCGAGCCUGAUGGUCAGGUCAGAUUGGUGGGAGGAGCCAGUCGCUGUGCAGGAACAUUGGAGAUCAAACGAGAAGGAUGGAGACCAGCGUACAGCUCUAAGUGGACUCUGGGCUCAGCAGCUGUGGUCUGCAGAGAGCUGGACUGCGGCUCUGCUGCGUCAACUGGAAUGAGAAACGAGUCCUCUCACAGAUCUGCAUGGGAGAUCAGUUUUGACUGUGUUCAGUCUGGAUCUGCUCUGUGGAAGUGCGUAUCAUCAGGCUCCUCAUCCUCCAUCCUGGAGAUCACCUGCUCAGAUCCAACAGUUUUCAUCAUCAGACUGGUCUUCCUGCUGCUGAGUCUGGUCUUCAUCCUCGUCAUCUGUUACAUGUGCCAGCAGGGGGCAUCAGCUGGGCCCACAGCAGAACAGCAGGUUGGAUUAUUACAACCUGGCUGUUUCAAGAGCUGAAGGAGGGCCAGCUGAAGAGGAGGGAGUCUGGGCAGCAGAGUAGGACCUCGAACAGCACAUCUUGCAUCCAGAUGGAUUUUUCUGCUGCCGUUUUGCUUUUUGAACGACCGUUUCCUCCGAGUCUCAGUCUCAAGUGAGGAUCCAACCAGGUGGCUGCAUAAUCCUGCUGACAAACUGCGACAAGGAUCACAACUCGCACACCAGCUUUUAGAAAAACGCUUUAUUAUGUCCAGAUUGAAAUUACAUACAAAAACACAAAAAUGAUAUGCACAAGACAAGGUCCCAACACGAAAACCUGAAGACAAAGACAAAGAUCAAAGGGCAAAAAUAUUCUAAUUUGUUGUGUUUGUGAAUUUCCUCCUCUGCUUGACAUGUGUCACCCAAACAUUUACAGCUUUAUCAUCAAUCACAGGCUGGUGCGUUCAACGACACUCCGACAUCUGACCAUCAGCCGCAUUACCCGGACAGUUUAAUGCCAGAUAAUCAAUUUGCUGUUCAGCUCAAUCGUCAAAUGUCAUGGUGUAUUUGAACGCAACAGAUGUUCCAAAAAAAAGACUGUUUCGUGUUUUUCAGCCUUAAAACAACAGCUGCAUACCAACAUGAACAUUUGGCAGUUUUUGGUUGUGAUGUUCCUUCUGUGUAAAAAGUGCAAAGGAAACACAAAAAGGAAAUUUUAUUAGGAAAAGACCUUUUAAAGCAAUUCAAAAUUCUUAAAAAUUGAUUUUGCGUAUGUUUAAAAUGUAUUUUUGUAGAGAUGGAGGACGGAUUUUGUCCCCCAUCACAGUACAGCCAACGACGGUUCACAUCAGGACACGUGACUACUGCAUUAAGUCGACUUGAAAAUUUUAAUUUUAUUAAUAGAAUUUUAUUACCACGCUGAAAUGCAGUAAAUACAAAACAACACUGAUAUAAAAUAUGAACUAUUGACAGUAAAAUCAUACAUGACAUCAGAGCUGCGAGGGUGUGAUAUUUCCACAGGAAAUGAAAGUGCUGAGGGAGUUUCACUCCAAAACCCCAGACUGACGUCAGAUGUCAGCGUUCGGCGGUUAAAAAGCAUUAAAGUCAGGCAGUCGGCAGCAGUUUAUCAGCAGAGCCUGAACAGACGCGUUGCUCUGCAGCGUCCUCACGAGUCCCUGGGCGUCCCGUGGACCCUGAAGCGGUACAUGCAGGUGUACUC